AUGACAACUUCCACAUUCGAGAUCGAUGAUAAGUUUAAAUACUUAAAUGGCUUCAACGGCUACCAUCAGUCCGAAGCUGCAGAAGGCGCCAUCCCAUCAGUCAUCAACAUCCCUCAGAAAUCCAAAUACGGACUCUACACAGAACGCAUAUCGGGAAGCUCCUUCACCGUGCCGAGGAAAGACUCAAAGCAGACAUGGCUCUAUCGGCUUCUCCCAUCGACAUGCCAUGAAGAAUUCAGUCUUAUAGAGAAUCAUCCAUUCAAUCUCAACCAAGCCUCGGACUCCAAGUAUCAGUACUCACCCAGUCAAUCUACCUGGGCCCCGGUGCGAAUCGCCAAAGAAGCAGAUUUCAUCACUGGUCUUCAGUUGAUAGGAGGAGCUGGCAAUCCAACACUGAAAGAAGGUCUGGCAUACUAUGUCUUCACCGCUGGAAAGUCAAUGCCACCCAACCAGGCAUUCUACAGCGCAGAUGGAGACUUUCUUCUAGCACCCCAAAAGGGCUCUCUCGACUUGCUCACAGAAAUGGGCUAUCUACGAGUCCGAGCCAACGAAAUUUGCGUUGUUCCGAGAGGAAUCCGUUUCCACGUUUCACUCCCAACAGGUCCCGUUCGAGGCUUUGCGCUUGAAUUGUUCGAGGGCCAUUUCGAGUUACCUGAACUUGGGCCGAUUGGCUCUACUGGCCUAGCUAACAUUCGGGACUUUGAAAUUCCUACUGCCAGCUACGAUAACUCGGAUGUUGAUAUGGAUAUAAUUGCGAAAUUUGCUGGGCAAUUGCACGGGACUAUCCACAGGGGUAGUAUCUUCAAUGUUGUUGGGUGGCAGGGUACAUAUUAUCCCUAUAAGUAUGAUCUGGGUAAAUUCAACACUAUCGGUUCAGUCUCAUAUGAUCACCCGGACCCGUCGAUCUUCACAGUCCUUACUUGCCCAUCAUCUAUCCCAGGUGAAGCCGUCGUCGACGUUGCAGUCUUCGGUCCUCGCUGGCUCGUCAUGGAGAAGAGCUAUCGUCCGCCAUACUUUCACCGAAACACCAUGUCGGAGUUUGCUUUUCUCAUCAAAGGCGGCUUUGAUGUUACCCCGUUACCUCCACAGUUGGAGGGAUUAUUCUCGUUGAGCAACACGAUGUGUGCCCAUGGAGCAGACCCGGAGAGCUGGAAACAAGCGACUGAGAAGGUGCUGCAGCCUCAGAAGAUUCCACCUGGAAACUUGGGGGUUAUGUUUGAGAGCCGGUAUAUCAUCGGUUUGACUAAGGGAGCGAAUAACACGUUGAUGAAAUUGCCCGGAAAGUCUGCGGCUUUCGGAGAGUUUGAGAGGGCGAAGAUAUAA